GGGAGAAAUUAUAAAUGAGUGGCUUUGUUUGCUUGUUCUGUCUCAAGGCCUAUAUAUAGUAGAGUCAUUGGAGGUUCAGAUUCAUACCCUGAAACACUUUGCCUCUCACGUUUCUGCUUCUAAUUACCUUCAAAGUUUCCAACUUUAACGCUCUACAGAAUGGGAAGUACUGAUGGAACCAGCUAUGGUGCUUACACUUACGAGAGCCUUGAGAGAGAGCCUUACUGGCCAUCAGAGAAGCUCCGGAUUUCCAUUACCGGGGCAGGUGGCUUUAUUGCAUCGCACAUUGCUCGUCGUUUGAAGAGUGAGGGGCAUUAUAUUAUCGCCUCCGAUUGGAAGAAGAAUGAGCAUAUGACAGAAGACAUGUUCUGCCAUGAAUUCCACCUUGUUGAUCUUAGGGUGAUGGAAAAUUGCUUGAAGGUUACAAAAGAUGUGGACCAUGUCUUUAACCUUGCUGCUGAUAUGGGUGGGAUGGGUUUCAUCCAGUCCAAUCACUCUGUCAUUAUGUAUAACAACACAAUGAUCAGUUUCAAUAUGCUUGAAGCUGCCAGAAUCAGUGGUGUUAAAAGGUUUUUCUAUGCCUCUAGUGCUUGUAUUUACCCUGAGUUCAAACAGCUGGAAACUAAUGUGAGCUUGAAAGAAGCUGAUGCCUGGCCUGCUGAGCCUCAAGAUGCUUAUGGGUUAGAGAAGCUUGCUACUGAGGAGUUAUGUAAGCACUACACCAAAGAUUUUGGAAUUGAGUGCCGUAUUGGAAGAUUCCAUAACAUUUAUGGGCCCUUUGGAACAUGGAAAGGUGGAAGGGAAAAGGCUCCUGCUGCAUUUUGCAGAAAGGCCCUCACUGCUGUUGAUAAGUUUGAGAUGUGGGGAGAUGGACUUCAGACCCGAUCUUUUACCUUCAUUGACGAAUGUGUUGAAGGAGUUCUUCGGUUGACGAAGUCUGACUUUCGCGAGCCAGUGAACAUUGGAAGUGAUGAAAUGGUUAGCAUGAAUGAGAUGGCUGAGAUCGUUCUUAGCUUUGAGGACAAGAAACUCCCUAUCCACCACAUCCCUGGUCCUGAGGGUGUCCGUGGUCGUAACUCAGACAACACGCUGAUUAAAGAGAAACUUGGUUGGGCUCCUUCCAUGCGGUUGAAGGAUGGGCUGAGAAUCACAUACUUCUGGAUCAAAGAACAGAUUGAGAAAGAGAAAACACAAGGUGUUGACCUAUCUAUCUAUGGGUCAUCAAAGGUGGUGGGAACCCAAGCCCCGGUUCAACUUGGCUCGCUACGUGCUGCUGAUGGCAAAGAAUAAAAAGAUGGAUCUUAAGAUGGAUAGUUUCUGUAAGGAACUCUAAUAUAUGUAAAAAUGGAGUUAAUCUUAUUGCGUUUCUAAGUGAAUCAUUUAUGGUUCUGGAAAAAUAAUUAGUUUGAGCAGCUAAGUUCUUUUCUUGUUUCAAUAUGUAUAAGUCUGUUUUCGAUUUUGCCUUUUCAGGCAAGUUGGUAUGAUAGCCUUGUAUCCUUCAUGUCAUUUAUUUUGCAAAAGCAUUGUUCAAUCAUGAAUGAAUUGUGUCUUUUCUUUAUAAUAUGAAUACAAGUUCAGAUUUUUAUUUUUUUAA